UUCUGACAAGAAUCUCUCCAAAUCCUUCCCCUAUCAUUGGAGAGAUUAACGCUGUCAUUGGAAAUGUAGAUUUUACAUUACACUAACCAUAUGUACCUCUGUACUUGAAAGAACGACCGUCGGAGCAUUUCAAUAUCUGAAGGUGAAGCGUCGGCGGCGGUGUUGAAGUCCCGUUGACGGUGAGUUUUACUUUGGAAUGUACACUGCUUAGAGGAAUCUUACAUUUAAUUAUCCAACCAGCACGUGAAAAGGGCAACCUUCGUAAAUUCAGUCGGUCUUCAUCAUAGACUUUCAUUUUUCAACGCAAUCACAACCAUUCAUUUCCAUCUUACAAGCUGAGAUUGACGGUGGAUGAUUAGAACCACCUUCCUCCGCAUUUCACUCCAUCACCUACGGCUCUGAACUAUAAAACUGACAACUCACAAUGCCUUCUAGGUAACAUCCAAGACGGACUUCAGCUUAUACAUAAGGCGAAGCACCUCAUAAGUCAGAACAAAAAAUUAUAGAGAAAGAGAAAGCAACCCUUUUGGUUCCUUUCUUUUCUCAACUCAACCCCUUCUUCUUCUUCUUCUUCUUCUUCUAGAUCUGUCACAUUGUUCAUUCCAGCUGAUUUCAAGCUUCAUAUUGCAAUGAGGGAAUACAGAGUACUCUGUUCUCUCAUAAUCUUGGUUCUUUUUGUAGUUAAUGAGGCUAAUGCUGAUAACCCAUAUAGAUUUUUCACAUGGAAAGUCACUUAUGGCAAUAUCUAUCCACUUGGAGUUAGGCAACAGGGAAUCUUGAUUAAUGGGCAGUUCCCAGGUCCUCAGAUUGAUGCUGUUACUAACGAUAACUUGAUUAUCAAUGUGUACAACUAUCUCAAGGAGCCAUUUCUUAUUUCUUGGAAUGGAUUACAGCAGAGAAGGAACUCAUGGCAAGAUGGAGUUUAUGGGACUACUUGUGCUAUCCCUCCAAUGAGGAACUUCACUUAUACUCUACAGGCAAAGGACCAAAUUGGCAGUUACUUCUACUUCCCAUCAACAGCUUUUCACAAAGCAGCUGGAGCAUUUGGAGGCAUUAGAAUUUGGAGCCGCCCCGGAAUUCCAGUUCCUUUUCCUUCUCCUGCAGGUGACUUCACAGUGCUAGCUGGUGACUGGUACAAGACCAAUCAUUAUAUUUUGAGACGAGUCCUGGAUAGCGGUAAAAACCUUCCAUCUCCAGACGGGCUUUUAAUCAACGGCCGAGGGUGGAAUGGAUAUACAUUCAAUGUUGAUCCAGGGAAGACGUAUAGGUUCAGAAUUUCAAAUGUGGGCAUUUCAGCUUCCAUCAACUUCAGAAUUCAGGGCCAUUCGAUGAAACUGGUGGAGGUAGAAGGAUCUCACACCCUCCAAAACACGUAUUCCUCUCUUGACAUCCAUUUGGGGCAAUCCUACUCUGUCUUGGUCACUGCUAAUCAGCCUCCUAAGGAUUACUAUGUCGUUGUUUCGUCUCGAUUCACUUCUCCGAUCCUCACGACGACAGCCGUACUUCACUACAGCAAUUCAUGGCAGAAAGUUUCUGGUCCAGUUCCAGGUGGCCCAACCACUGAGAUCGCUUGGUCUCUCCAGCAGGCUAGAUCGAUCCGAUGGAAUUUGACUGCAAGUGGACCUAGACCCAAUCCACAAGGCUCCUACCAUUACGGACUAAUCAAGACGAGCCGUACAAUCGUACUAGCAAACUCAGCUCCGGUUAUUAAUGGUAAGCAGAGGUUUGCUGUCAACGGUGUCUCAUUUGUUCAAGCAGACACUCCACUGAAAUUGGCUGACUACUUCAAGAUCCCUGGAGUUUUCAAUCUCAACAGCAUUCCCACCAAUCCCACUUGGGGAAAUGCCUACCUCCAGACCUCUGUCAUGGGUUCUAAUUUUCGAGAAUACAUCGAGAUCGUGUUUCAAAAUUGGGAAAACACCGUGCAGUCUUGGCACAUCAGUGGCUACUCUUUCUUCGUUGUUGGGAUGGAUGGAGGCCAAUGGACUCCUGCCAGCCGAGGUCGAUACAAUCUCAGAGACACGGUUGCUCGUUGCACAACUCAGGUAUAUCCAAAGGCAUGGACAGCAAUCUAUAUGGCACUUGAUAAUGUAGGAAUGUGGAAUGUGAGAUCUGAGAGUUGGGCAAGGCAGUACUUGGGACAGCAGUUCUAUCUCAGGGUUUAUACCUCAUCAACCUCUUUUAGGGAUGAGUUGCCGAUCCCCCGAAACGCUCUUCUUUGCGGCAGGGCCAGUGGACGUCACACGAGGCCACUUUAAGUUUCAAAAUGUUACAAUUUUUGUCACGAGUGGUGACAUGAUUCUAGACGAUGAUUGAUUCUGCGGAUGUUAGAUUAGCAUUCCUUUUGAAUAUAACUUCAAAAAGCUCAACUUGAGCUCUUGAGUCAAAUUUAUCCCCGCUUGCGUUUUGCUCUA